AUGUGGCUCAAUGACCUGAAGAUUAUGCUAGAGAAUCUUCAUUAUUCUGAAAUGGAGAAAUUAGAUGGUGUAGUUUCUUUAUUACGGGGUCAAGCUAGAAUUUGGUGGUCUAAUGUGACGAUGCGAGCUUCAAGGGAUCAGAAAGGGAAUCACACGGUGUAUGAGUUCGAGUGCGACUUCAACAAGUUCAGUCGAUUUGCUGCAGAGUUUGCCCCUAUAGAGAGGGAAUCUUGUGAUUGGUUUGUGGAGGGUUUAUGCCCCAGACUGAAAGAGUUAUUGUUGGCACUUAGUCUCUUUUCCUUUCAAGAGGUUGUGAAUAUAUCUAAAGCCCUGGAGCAAGCUCAAAACAAGAGGUUCUUUCAGAUAUGUGGUAAAUCUAUUUUAGUAUUGAUUGAUCCCGGAUCAAAUUAUUCCUAUGUUAGUAGUAAACUAGUUAAAGACAUGAGAAUUCCGUUAGAACCUGUACGUAGUGAGGUGAUUGUGACUAAUCCAUUAGGACAUAGUUCUCGGUUUGAGUGGACUUCUGAUCGUCAGAAGAGUUUUGAAGUAUUGAAGAAAGUUCUGAUAGAAGCUCCAGUGUUGGUAGUUGCUUAUGCUUCAAUACAACUUAAACCUCAUGAAAAGAAUUAUUCGACACAUGACCUUGAAUUAGCAGUUGUGGUCUUUGCAUUGAAAUUUUGGCGGCACUAUAUAUAUGACGAGAGUUGCUAUAUCUUCAUCGAUCACAAGAGUUUGAAGUAUUUGUUAACAAAAAUGGAUUUAAAUUUGAGACAAAGAAUACAAAUGCAGUUACUUAAGGACUAUGAUGCCAUUAUUGAUUACUAUCCCGGAAAGACCAAUGUAGUAGCUGACGCUCUUAGUCGGAAGACUUUUGCUGCUUUACGUAGUUUGGAUACUCGAAUCGUGUUAAAGGAAAAUGGUGCAUUGAUGGAUGAGUUGAUGUUGAAACCAUUAUUGUUAAAACAUAUUAAGGAAUUACGAAUGAGGGAUGAUAAGUGUUUACCUUGGUUUGGACAAUUGGAAAAAGGUGAACUUAAGGAAUUUCAGGUUCAAAGAGAAGAACCUCUAUUAUCAGCCAGUCUACGAGACUACCACUGGAACAAGUUUUAG